AGCCUUUCGAGUUUCCGUCGCGGCCUUUGCUGGCUGAGUUUCUGAGUUAGAGUACUGAGUUGGCUCUCAGUGCUUUUCUACCCCGAGUGACUGACUCUUCUUUCCCUGCAACCGUUAUGUCCCGGAUCCUCAAAUCGGUGGAUUACGAGGUUUUCGGCCGGGUUCAAGGGGUUUGUUUCAGAAUGUACACAGAGGAUAAAGCUAGGAAAGUGGGUGUAGUUGGCUGGGUUAAAAAUACCAGACAAGGAACGGUUACUGGACAAGUGCAGGGUCCAGAAGAAAAAGUGAAUGAGAUGAAAGCUUGGUUGACCAGCGUUGGAAGUCCUAGCUCACGCAUUGACCGGACAAAUUUUUCUAAUGAAAAGGAAAUCUCAAAACUUGAAUUCUCUGGAUUUAUCACCAGAUACUAAAAGAACAAAACAUAUAAUUAUCUUAUUUCUACCAUUGCAUCAAACCUUCUAAGUCUCUCUAAAGCAAAUUAGGUUUAUGUGGUACAUUAAGGCAGAGAAAAGUAUCACCUGGUUAAACUUUUUUUUUUUUUACAGAUACUUUAUAAACCCCUGGUUAAGCCACCUCUACCAAUUUGGGAAUUAGGCAUGUCAUUUUGCUAUCAUGUGCAUGUUUACUUGGAAAUGACUCCUUCUGUAUCCAAAAGGGUUAGUCCAGAUAAUUAUACUAUAUAUGUGCCUGCAGCUUUAAGGAUCUGUCCAAAUGUAAGUGUGGAAUGAUUUACAUCUUAAAACUAAUGUAUAUGACUACAUUCGGUGAAAUAAUUUAUUAAACCUUAAAUAUUUAAUUUUGGACAUUCUAAACCAAAACGUUUUAUAACAAAUUAAAAGAAUUUUUUGAAAAUCUUAUUGAGUUCUCUAGCCAAUGAGCAUUCCUCUCCCUACAGUAUUCCAAUCAGAAGCUAACUGUCAUUAUUAUUCCUCGAUGGAAAAUAUCAAAUGUGUCACAUUAAAAUUUGAAAAUAAUGUUGGUGGUAUUUUUCUACAUGAGGUAACUGCUGAAAUAAAUUUUGAGUGCCAUAAAACUAGCUUAACUCUUGUGUGGGUGGAGCAACACAAUGGGGCAGGGGGGGGGGGUAAUUCCAUGGCCUUGGCUUUCUUACUAAUGUUUUUUUUAAUUGACCUUCCUCUUUUUGCCUUACUGUUGUAUUGAGGUAAACAAAGUGGAAGAGUAGAUGGUCAAAGUAAUCUGAAAUCAAGAAGCAGCUUCUUACAGAGGUGUGAGCUCUGACAAGUGCCUGUGAUACCAACAUCUGACAUUCCCCAGUUUAGGAAAUACUUAAAUGUGUCCCGUAAAAGGGAAACAACAUCUGAGAAAAUUAUUUUUUAAUCAUAUGUAAUCCAAGUGCAUAUGUAAUCCAAGAGCAUAUGCAAUCCAAGAUCCUUUCCAGGUUGCUUCUGUGAAUUAUUCUCAGUGUGCGAACAGAAAAAAGAUGGAUAUUUAUUUCUACAGAGAUGGAAGUUGAGCAUUUUCCAUGGCAUUGUAUAGGAUCACUGACACUAGGUUUGCUCCUUCAAAUAUCAAGGCAGAAUAGAAUAACAAUGGAUCUUCUAUUUUCACUUGUGCCAACAAUAUUGGAAAAUUGCAAAUAUGCAAAACUACUGACAUUUAUAUGUAUCAUCAAAGCAGGCAUUCCCAGGAAGCUAUUGAUCUGAGUCAUUAAUAAAGCAUGAAUUCAUUGCUAAUUCAAAUGGGCACUUGAAAAGGCCGACCAUGUGUAUGAAGAAGAGUAUUUUUUUCCACAACCAGAUUAAUUUUCAUUGGAUCUUUUAUUCAAGUUCUUGCCUGCUUAGUAAGUUGUUAUAAUUCCAAACACACACGGCUUUUGUGAUCAUCUACAAACACCCUUUGUUAAACUCCUUAAGGACAACCCUUGUAAAUCUGAAAUAUAAAAUGGCAAAGAUCAAGUGUAGGUCUUGUUCAUUAGCCAGAAUAUCUUUCUGAUGGGAACCAGUCUGUAUUUUCUUUUGGGCCAUACUGAAUAUGAACAAUAAUGCUCAAAAAAGGUUGUUGUUUUUUUGCUCAUUCUCAGUUGCUUAGUAUGUUAAGGAAAUAAAAAGAUAAUGUAAGAUUGUCCAGAAUCCCAUAGAUAUCUCUGUGUUUCAAAUGUUAAGUAAAAUACACAGGAAGAUUAUUUUAUGGAUCUCAUUUUUUGCUUGUCAUGUUUGUAUAUUUAAACCCAUUCCACAUCUGAACAAACUUUCCAAACC